UGUAAUAAUCUUUACUUAUUUGUUAUUUUAUUGGUUGAGUUGGUAUUCUAGUAAAACAGUUAUUUUAAAUAUCAUUGUACGAAUUAUUUGAAUAGAAUAAUUUUCAAAAUACCAAUAAUCAGGGGUGUGCUAUUUGGGAUGUUAUUUAUUGAUUAAUUGAAGAUUAAUGCAUGAUCAAUUAUUUAUGCUUAAAUAUGUUUUAAAUUUCAUUAGAUACAUAAAAAUAUUUAAGUUAUAUAACAACUCUAUAUUUUUAGCAAUGGGAGAACAUGUCACCACCUUCAUAAGUAUCAAUUAUUAUCCUUAAUAAUUUAUUUGUUUAAUUUUGUUAUAAUAUAAAAAAAAUAAAUAACAAAAAAAAUUAGGUGACCAAUAUUUUUUUCUUAUAUUUUAAACCAAUAUUAACCAACUUCUCUUUUUUUUCCCAUUAAAAAUGUAGGUCUCAAGCAUUUCCAAAUAAUGAAAUAGAUCUUAUUAUAAGUUAAAAACCAAUAAUUAGACCUGUUCGAGGAGAAAACAUUUCCCUAGUAUUUUUUUUUUUUCAAAAUAUAUCCAAAUAUGGUAAGUAUUUUUUUUUUCAUAUUACAAGCACACACUAAUUGGCUCAUUUGACUAUAAAGUGAUGGAUCAUGACAUGUGGGUGGACUUGAGUGUGGAGCCAUUGCUGGCCUCCUAAAGAGGAACGUCCAUGGUGAUUCAUUUUUGACAACAACUCCAAUUAGAAGACUAUUACUGUUAUCAUGGAGAGCCAAAAUUCAGGAGAAUCCCUUAGAGGAGGAACAUCCUUCUUCAAAACAUGUUUCAAUGGACUUAAUGCCUUGUCAGGUGUUGGGAUACUCUCAAUGCCAUAUGCAGUGUCUCAAGGAGGGUGGAUGAGUUUAAUUUUGCUCCUCAUUGUUGCUACUGUGUGUUGGUACACAGGAUUGCUUCUUCAAAGGUGCAUGGACGCACAUCCAUUAAUCAAAUCCUACCCUGACAUAGGCGAGGUUGCUUUCGGUUACAAAGGAAGAACCAUGGUAGCCAUCUUCAUGUACUUAGAGCUCUAUUUAGUUGCGGUAGAGUUUCUCAUACUAGAAGGUGACAAUCUUGAAAAGCUGUUUCCAAACAUGGAUUUCAAGAUUGGUAGCCUUAGAAUUGGAGGCAAAGCCGGUUUUGUGUUGCUAACUGCGCUCGCAAUACUACCCACAACAUGGUUGAAAAGUUUGGGAGUUCUGGCCUACAUUUCUAUUGGUGGGGUUGUGGCUUCUCUUAUUUUGAUUGUUUGUGUUGUGUGUGUUGGUGAAGUUGAUGGAGUUGGAUUUCAUCAAAAAGGAGACAUGAUUCAUUGGAAAAGGUUGCCUUCUUCUGUGAGUCUCUUUGCGUUCUGUUAUUGUGGACAUGCAGUCUUUCCUACAUUGCGUAAUUCCAUGAAAGAUAGAACUCAAUUUUACAAGGUUUUGAUAAUAUGCUUCAUCACAAGCACUAUAACCUAUGGGUCCAUGGCUACCAUAGGGUAUAAGAUGUUUGGAGAACAUGUGAAUUCGCAGGUGACCUUAAAUCUUCCAACAAAGAAAAUAAGCACCAAGAUAGCAAUUUACACAACAUUAAUCAACCCUUUCUCUAAGUAUGCUGUUAUAAUCACCCCAAUAGCCAAUGCUGUUGAAGAAACAUUAUUUUUGUACAAGGGUAGACCUAUUGCCAUCCUCAUCAGAACCACUAUUGUGCUAAGCACUUUGCUUGUGGCAUUAUUUGUUCCCUUUUUCGGCUAUGUUAUGGCAUUUAUCGGCGCAUUUUUGAGUGUCACGUGUUCAUGGAUUCUGCCAUGCUUGUGCUACUUAAAGAUGAACAAAGCAGCUCAAAAGUUUGGAAUAGAAUUGGUUAUCAUUAUAGGAAUUUUGUUUACAGGGUCAAUUAUUGCUCUACUUGGCACUUACAUCUCUGUAACUCAGAUAGUAAGUCAUAUCAAAUUAUGAACAUGGAGCGUUCAAAGUUUUCUAAAUACUAGUUAAUUAAGCAAACCUAUUGGUUAUGUGCGUGAUAUCAAAUCAAAUUAAAUAGUGUUUCAAUGGAUGAAAUGUGUGUGACGUACUUAUAUUCCAAUGAAUAUUGUCCUAAAGC